AUGGAGAAACACUUGGAGGUAGUCUACUGCACUUGCUUAAAUUAUGUUGAGAUCUUUGACACAAGCCUUAUAUCAUUUAAGUAUGCGGGGUUGGAUAUAGACUUGUUUAUAGAAAAUGUGCCAUUGCUUGUUGAUCUUUAUAUCGGUGUGGGAAAAGGAAAUCUCGAUAGACCGUUCCUAGAUGACUACCUCUCCCAGUUCUCUGGCUGUCUUUCUCAGCUACAAGUACUUACUCUUGAAUUAAUUGAUGGCUUUGUGGAUGAAGUAUACAGUGAAUUUUUUCCUCCAUUAAAUAAUCUUAAAAAGUUGGUAUUAGAAGUUGGAGCAUGGGGAGAGGACCAUCUCCUUGGACUCACUCCCUUGAUAAAUGCAUGCCCUUACUUGCAGAUACUUGAGUUGAAGAUGCCAUGGAUAAAUGUCGAAGAUCAUGACAGAAGAAAAAUGAGGGGGGGUAUCAAAUGCCCACAUAAAUACCUCAAGGUGUUGGAAAUUUACGGAUAUGCUGGACGCACAUGUGAAUUUGAGUUUGUCAUGUACUUUAUUAGGAAUGCUGUGGCACUUGAGAAAAUUUUGAUUGAUCCUCGCGAUCAAAUUGUCAAGCGAACUCCCUUCGCGAGUGCUAAUUUGAAGAUCGAACGAACUGCAAGACGUCUUGCCAAGAGCCAGCUUGAAGCAAGGGUACCCCCAUCCAUCCAGUUGGUAAUAUUGUAAUCUUAGGAUUGCUUGAGCUUUUUUUAAACUGAAAAAAUGUACUUAUUUAUUUGGUUCUUCGUUCUCAUUUUUUG